AUGUUAAGAUUGUUAGACAGUUACUGCGUCAAAACAUUACCACCAAAUAUUCUUUAUCUGCCAGAUUUUAUCAAUGAAGAAGAAGAACAAGAACUACUAAAACAUAUUUAUUCUGCCCCAUUACCGAAGUGGGUUUCUCUACGUGGUAGACGCUUGCAAAAUUGGGGUGGUAUUCCUCAUGUUAAAGGAAUGUUAGUUGAAAACGUUCCACAGUCUAUUUAG